AUGGUCAACACAGACAACACGGCGGGCAUCAGGACACAGCGCUCCGGCUUUAACCGUCAGGAGCAGAACGUGUACCUGCUGCCCAUACUGGUGGUGGACAGCGGCCCGCCGGCCCUCAGCAGCACCGGGACCCUAACCAUACAUGUGUGCGGCUGCGACAGUGACGGCGCCAUCCAGUCCUGCAACGCCACGGCCUACGUCAUGUCUGCGGCUCUGAGUCCUGGAGCACUCAUCGCCCUGCUCGUCUGCAUACUCAUACUCAUAGUCCUGGUGCUGCUAAUCUUAACCCUCAAACGCCACCGGAAGGGUCAGCGGAUGUCCGAGGAUGAGGAAGACAUGCGGGACAACGUCAUCAAAUACAACGACGAGGGCGGCGGCGAGCAGGACACGCAAGCCUACGACAUGAGCGCCCUCCGCAGCCUCUACGACUUCCCCGAGGUCAAAAACUCAGAUUCGGGCCCAGACCUGCGCUCCGUCCCGCAGUGGAUCCAGAACAGAGUGAUGGGAGACGGCGGACCGGCAGAUUUCUCGCUUUUCAAAGGCUACAUCCGCAAGAAGGUGGAGCAAGCGGAUGCGGAUUUAUCAGUGCCGCCGUACGACUCCUUCCAGACUUACGCUUUCGAGGGCAGCAGUUCGCCGGCGCUAUCCUUGAGCUCCAUCCGCACGCUUUCCACCACCUCAGAGCAGGAUUUUUCAUAUCUAAGCGACUGGGGGCCGAGAUUUAGGCAACUGGCUGGAUAUUACGCCCCUCCGGCCCAAGUUGAGGAAGAGGGAUCCUAGCACCAUUCUGAUCUGCAUCCGUUUAAAAAAAUGGAGUUGUUUUUUCCUCCCUGCAGCAGCAGCAGCUUCUCUUUUGUUUGUUUUCGGUGAGGUUUUCUGAAUCCCUAGCAGUCAGUUUGGGGAGUUUUAAUGUCACCUGUUUUUGGACUUCCUAAAGUGACUUCUUGUCUUGUAGGAAACGUUAUAGGACAAAUAUACAGUAUUGAAGGAGAAGAGCAGUGGUGUGGGCAGUCCUCCAGUAUCUGUCAGCGAGAGCUGGAGAAACGGGGCCGUGCCAUACGCACCUCAUUCUUCACUUUUUGUGUCGUUUGGCCAUCUGUGGAAAUAAAUAAGGACGCUUGGAUCAUUACAAAGGCAACUGAAAUGGCUAAACAUUCAAGGAAAAACACAUAUGUAUUUAAAAAGUUCUACUAUU